GGCGCUAAAAGUAUUGCAAAUGUAUGCGUAAUCUAUGAAUAGAGUCAUUCAUAUAUACUGUAAUUCACUACUCAAGUGAUGCAAUGCUUUGUAUUGUAUUUUGUAUUGAAGUGAUCGUUGAUUUUGUUUUGCAUUCAUUGACAUCAAGUGUUAGACAUUGUAUACAUGAUUAUCGAUGAAGAGUGUCAUCAGAUUAACCACAGAUUAAUACAUUGAGAUCAUUGGACACACAUUGAUAUCAUGUCUGACAUUGAUUAUAGUAAAACGUUUCGUAUACUCGUUGCCAGUGAUCUUCAUAUUGGUUACAAUGAAAGACAUCCCGAAAGAGGCGAUGACUCUUUCCGGACAUUCGAGGAAGUGUUACAUAUGGCCAAAGAUGAAGACGUGGAUCUACUUCUUUUGGGCGGCGAUUUAUUUCAUCACAAUAAGCCAUCGUUUGCCACUUUGGAAAAGACAGUAAACCUCUUUCGCGAGAAUUGUUUCGGUGAUAAACCCAUUCAGUUCCGUAUAGUUUCGGAUCAAACCGACAAUUUUUCUCAUUACAAGAACGAUAAAAAGUUUGCCAAUUAUUUGGACGAUAAUCUUAACAUAUCAUUGCCUGUGUUUACCAUUCACGGCAAUCACGACGACCCGAUCGGACCGAAUCACAUCACAGCAUUGGAUACACUGUCCAGUGCGGGACUCGUCAACUAUUUUGGCAAAUAUACAAACGUUGACGAAAUACUAUUGACUCCGAUUCUGUUAGAAAAGAGUAACUGUAAGAUAGCUUUGUUUGGUUUGGGAUCAGUCAAUGAAGAAAGACUAUACAGAAUAUUCACUGACAAUAAGUUUAAUUAUUGUAUGCCUGAGACUAAUGAAGACGACUGGUUUAAGAUAGUUGUCGUACAUCAGAAUCGCAUUAAACAUCCAAAUACUAAGUAUUUACCGGAAAAAUUUCUAUCAGAUUUACCACAACUGGUCAUUUGGGGUCACGAACACGAGUCACGACCAGAAUGUGAUUAUAAUGAAACGGAACAGUUCUUUGUCUACCAACCGGGCUCUACAGUGGCCACAUCGCUAUGCGAAGCGGAGGCUCUACCCAAACACGUUGGUCUUCUCGAAGUUUUCUUCGACGAAAUGAAUAAAACACCGCAAUUUCGGAUAAGAUCUCGUAAAUUGAAAACUGUGAGACCAUUUGUUUGGGAAUCAAUAGAUAUUCACGAUCUUAUUCAACGAAAUAUCAUUCAAAACGAUGAAGAAAUGAUUAUCGAUUAUUGUCGCGACAAAGUUGAGGAAAUGAUACAAAAGGCUAGACUCGAGCACACGGGUGAUAGUCGACAACCAAAGUUGCCGUUAAUUCGACUAAGACUUGAAUAUACUGAUUCCAAACACCAGUUCCAUUCAGCACAGUUUGGCGCACAAUUUAAUGGACGAGUGGCCAACCCGUCUGAGAUAAUUCAUUACGUGAAGCGACGCGUUAAUCGUGUAUAUGAAGAGGAGGGCAAUAUUGAUAUCAAUGAAAUGAGAGCUAUUUUAGAUAAUGAAGUGAUCACCGAAAGAGUUAAUUUAACGACAAUUAUUAAAGAAUAUUUCGAUAAAAUUGAAGACUCGAACCACAAAUUAGGACUUCUUUCAGAAAAUGCCUUAACUCUUGCUGUCACUGAGUUAGUGGAAAAGGAAUCGACUGAAGCCAUCAAUGAUGUCUAUUCGGCUCAGAAAGAAAAUAUGAAACAAUGUUUGUUGUCUUUAGAAGAUCUUAAAGUUGAAGAUAUCAGAGAUGAGAUCAGACGAAUUAAAAAUGAAAAUACAGUCAAUAGUGAUUCGCAGGAUUUGAUCAAAAUUUUAGCCGAAAGCCGAACAAAAGCUAAAUCAAUAAAAACUGAAGUAACAAAUGGUGAUGAAAAUGGUGCGGAAUCUGAAGUGGAAUUUGAAACAACCCUUCCUGUCAAUGAAGUCAUGUCUAUACCACAGACUAGUAGUCACAAUACUGCCAUUCGUAGCAGAGGUAGAGCUGUUAGAUCAAGAGGUCGAGGCCGUGGUCGCGGUGUGACUGUCAAAAGCGAGCCGAGAUCUACACAAAGCUCAUUAGACUUUCAAGAAUCUUCCAGAAGUUCCAGUCGCAGACGUUCUCCGAGAACACCGGCAAAAAAACCCAAAUAUGAAGAUUUUGUCGUUGAUUUGAGUUCAGACACCGAAUAAUUUUAUAUUUCCAUUUACUGUAUAUUUUUUAAAAAUUAAAUUAUGUUUACCGUAAUAUAAUCGCAUUCAAUAAAACAUAUCCUAAACUUUCAUAUAAGAAGUUCAUGACUUUAAUAUUGAGAUAAAAAGUUAGAUUAGAUAUGUGUUGAAAAAAUAAUGUAAAACAUGUUUUCCAGUACUCAUGUCAGUCAUACGGUAAUACUUAUAUAUAAUAGACUGCAAUUAAUUACUCCAUAGUAACACUUGAUUUUAAGUUUUUUAUUAUUAAAUUUCAAUAAUUUUGAUACCACUUAAUAUGUUACUUAUUAAAACAAUUUAUUUGUUUUUAUUUUUAUUAAUUUUGAAUAAAUAUUUUAUUAAAUGUAAAAAUGAUGAUUGUUUUCGAGCUGCUGUUUAUCAACACUUACCACUCGGCGAUUUGGCAAAAGAAAAACCGAUAGAUAUAAUGAAUAGAAAUUUGGAUAUCUUUGAAAUAGUGACCGCAAAAGCUGCAGAUGAGGGCGCUAAAAUAUUGGUAUUUCCUGAAGAUGCCAUUAUUAACACACGAUACCCGCGC